AUGGACGCAGGCACGCACCAGGCUAUGACUAUAAAUCCUCCUCCGCCUCCACCACCCCCUCCACCGCCUGCGGAGCAGCUUGAUAUAUCGUCGGCACCAAAUGAAGGCACCGUAGUAAACAAUUCAACCCCUCCUCAUCCUGCAUCAACCUCCUUCAAACUCAAAUUUUGCACGGUUUGUGCCGCAAAUCAGAACCGAUCCAUGGAAGCCCAUAAUCGUCUAUCUGCACCUCCAUCAUCAUACUCUGUCAUCUCAUUUGGCACGGGCUCCCUAGUUCGUCUGCCUGGGCCUUCUAUCACACAACCAAACGUUUAUAAUUUUAAUACCGUAUCUUAUUCGCAAAUAUAUGAUGAAUUACAAGCGAAAGAUCCAAGAUUAUACCGAAAUAACGGAGUUCUUCCCAUGCUAGAACGGAAUAAGGGCGUAAAAUGGGGUCCUGAACGAUUUCAAGAUUGGUGCCCUGGAAUGCCUCGCUUAGAGCACGUAUCGAGGGGUGAUAAGGGUAGCCUUGGAACUGAAGGAGGUGUCGUCGAUGUCAUCAUAACAUGCGAAGAGCGAUGCUGGGACGCUGUGGUGGAGGAUCUCAUGAACCGUGGCUCUCCCUUGAACAGACCUGUUCACGUUUUCAACGUCGAUAUCAGAGAUAACCAUGAAGAAGCCUUAGUUGGAAGUAAGGGAAUACUGGAUUUGGCGAACAGACUUAAUGAAGUGGCUGAUAAGGAGCGGCGACUAAAUGGACCCAAUGGAUGGGAUCAGGGCACCGGCGAUGCCCGGAGAGGCUUUGACGAACGAGUCCCUGAAAUACUUGCUAAAUGGCAGGAGAAAUGGCCCAACCUGCCUGCUUUGUGGACACUCUCUUGGUUUUGA